CCCGCCCCCCGCCGAGGCGCCGCGGCGGCGUUGGGCCGGCUAUAAGGGAUGCGUGUGGCUUCGCGGGCGCUGAGUGGGAAAGAUAUUCGAAGUGAAAAUACAAGUGUAAACCCUGGCAUUUACAAAAGAUGAAAGACAUCGACAUAGGAAAAGAGUACAUUAUACCCAGUCCUGGGUAUAGAAGUGUGAGAGAGAGAGCCAACUCAGUGCAGCAUGAAGAACAGGAAGGGUCAAAAUUUCAGCAUGCUAAAUAUAAGAUAGAAUGCCAGGAUGCCUUAGAAGCAGCGGCUCGUGCGGAGGGCCUUCCGCUGGACACCUCCAUGCACUCCCAGCUGAGAAUGCUAGAUGAAGAGCAUCACAAGGGCAAAUACCACCAUGGCCUGAAUGCACUGAAACCCAUAAGGACUACUUCCAAACACCAACACCCUGUUGAUAAUGCUGGGCUUUUCUCCUGUAUGACCUUCUCCUGGCUCACUCCUUUAGCCCAAAAAGCACACAAAAAAGGGGAAUUGUUUAUGGAUGAUGUAUGGUCUUUGUCAAGGCAUGAGUCUUCAGAUGUCAACUGUAGAAGGCUGGAGAGAUUGUGGCAAGAAGAACUGAAAGAAAAUGGACCUGAUGAUGCUUCUCUCCAGAGGGUCGUGUGGAUCUUUUGCCGCACCAGACUCAUCAUUUCCAUAGUGUGUCUGAUGAUCACGCAGCUGGCAGGUUUUAGUGGACCAGCAUUCGUUGUGAAACAUCUCUUGGAAUAUACACAGCAGAGCGAGUCCAACCUGCAGUACAGCUUGUUUUUAGUUUUUGGCAUCUUUAUGACAGAAAUAGUGCGAUCCUGGUCCCUUGCACUAACCUGGGCUUUAAAUUACCGCACGGGGGUUAGACUGCGUGGAGCUAUCUUGACAAUGGCAUUUAAGAAAAUUCUCAAGCUGAAGAAUAUCAAGGAGAAGUCUCUUGGAGAGCUCAUAAAUGUUUGUUCCAAUGAUGGUCAAAGGAUGUUUGAAGCUGCAGCAGUUGGCAGCUUGUUGGCUGGGGGCCCUAUUGUGGCUAUCUUAGGAAUGGUUUAUAAUGUGAUCGUUCUGGGUCCAACAGGCUUCUUGGGCUCUGCUGUCUUCAUCCUUUUCUACCCAGCAAUGAUGUUUGUAUCACGCCUCACGGCUUAUUUCAGAAGAAAAUGUGUAUCAACAACAGAUGAACGUGUGCAGAAGAUGAAUGAAGUUCUUAAUUACAUUAAGUUCAUUAAAAUGUAUGCCUGGGUCAAAGCAUUUUCUCAGAAUGUUCAAAAAAUUCGGGAGGAAGAACGUAAAAUCUUAGAGCGUGCAGGCUACUUCCAGAGCAUCACUGUGGGCGUGGCUCCCAUAGUUGUAGUUAUUGCCAGUGUGGUGACGUUUUCUGUCCAUAUGAUCCUUGGCUACGAUCUUACAGCAGCUCAGGCAUUCACAGUGGUCACUGUGUUUAAUUCAAUGACUUUUGCUCUAAAAGUAACACCUUUCUCAGUGAAGUCUCUAUCUGAGGCGUCUGUUUCUGUUGACAGAUUUAAGAGUUUAUUUCUAAUGGAAGAGGUUCAUAUGAUAAAGAAAAAACCAGCCAAUCCUCACACCGCGAUAGAGGUGAAAAAUGCUACCUUGGCUUGGGACUUCUCCCAUGCCAGCAUCCAGAGCUCACCAAAGUUGACCCCCAAAGUGAAAAAAGACAAGAAAGUCCUGAAGGGCAAGAAAGAGAAAAUGAAGCUGCAGAACGAGGGACAGCAAGCUGUGCUGGCAGAGCAGAAGGGGCAUCUUCUAGUGGACAAUGAUGACCAUCCUAGCCCUGAAGAGGAGAACAAAAUCAUCCACCUGGUUAAUCUUCGGCUUCAGAGGACUCUCUACAACAUUGACUUGGAGAUAGAAAAGGGAAAACUUGUUGGAAUUUGUGGUAGUGUGGGGAGUGGAAAAACUUCACUUAUUUCCGCUAUUUUAGGACAGAUGACCCUACUGGAGGGUAGCAUUGCAGUAAGUGGAACAUUUGCUUAUGUGGCCCAGCAGGCCUGGAUUCUCAAUGCGACACUUAGAGACAACAUUCUCUUUGGAAAGGAAUAUGAUGAAGAAAGAUAUAAUACUGUGUUGAAUGGUUGCUGUCUGAGACCUGACCUCGCCAUCCUUCCAAAUGGGGACCUGACAGAGAUUGGUGAACGAGGGGCUAACCUGAGUGGAGGACAGCGUCAGAGAAUCAGUCUGGCUCGAGCACUGUACAGUGAUAGGAGCAUUUAUAUCCUUGAUGAUCCUCUUAGUGCCUUAGAUGCUCACGUAGGAAAUCAUAUUUUUAACAGUGCAAUAAGGAAGCACCUGAAGUCAAAGACUGUCCUUUUCAUCACUCAUCAGCUUCAGUAUCUUGUUGAUUGUGAUGAGGUGAUUUUCAUGAAAGAAGGCUGCAUUACUGAGCGAGGAAGUCACGAGGAACUGAUGAAUUUAAAUGGUGACUAUGCAACCAUUUUUAAUAACCUACAGCUGGGAGAAACACCACAUAUUGAGAUUAAUAUAAAGAAGAACACAAACAGUUCACUGAAAAGACCCCAGGAUAAAAGUACCAAAGCAGGGUCUAUGAAGAAGGAAAAAGUUGUGAAGAAGGAAGAGGGCCAAUUGGUGCAGCUGGAAGAGAAGGGCAAAGGCUCUGUCCCUUGGUCUGUUUACGGUAUCUACAUUCAGGCAGCUGGAGGUCCUUUUGCUUUUCUCAUCAUCAUGGCACUCUUUGUGCUGAAUGUGGGCAGCACAGCUUUUAGCAACUGGUGGCUGAGUUUCUGGAUCAAGCAAGGCAGUGGAAACACCACUGUAACUUUGGGAAAUGACACUAUUGUAAGCAACAGUAUGAAAGAUAACCCUCACAUGCAUUACUAUGCUGGCAUCUAUGCUCUAUCUAUGGCAGUCAUGUUGAUCCUGAAAGCUGUUCGUGGUGUUGUCUUUGUAAAGGGAACACUCAGAGCAUCCUCAAGGCUACACGAUGAGCUCUUCCGACGGAUUCUGCGUAGCCCCAUGAAGUUCUUUGACACUACACCAACUGGAAGGAUUCUCAACAGAUUUUCCAAAGAUAUGGAUGAAGUUGACGUUCGUUUGCCAUUUCAAGCUGAAAUGUUCAUCCAGAAUGUCAUCCUUGUGUUCUUCUGUGUGGGGGUGAUUUCUGGAGUUUUCCCCUGGUUUCUGGUGGCAGUGGGGCCCCUCAUUGUCCUUUUCACGGUUCUGCAUGUCGUGUCUAGAGUCUUUAUUCGAGAGCUGAAGCGUCUGGACAACAUCACACAAUCUCCGUUUCUGUCUCACAUUACAUCUAGCAUACAGGGUCUGUCCACAAUCCAUGCCUAUCACAAAGGACAAGAAUUCCUGCACAGGUAUCAGGAGCUGCUAGAUGACAAUCAGGCACCAUUUUACCUGUUCAGCUGUGCGAUGCGCUGGCUGGCUGUACGACUGGACUUUAUCAGCAUUGCUCUCAUUACAACCACUGGCCUUAUGAUUGUCUUAAUGCAUGGCCAGAUUCCUCCUGCCUAUGCUGGGCUAGCUAUCUCAUAUGCUGUGCAGUUAACAGGGUUAUUCCAGUUUACAGUCAGACUUGCUUCAGAAACAGAAGCUCGCUUCACCUCAGUGGAAAGAAUCGAUCAUUACAUCAAGACACUUUCCUUGGAAGCUCCAGCUCGAAUUAAGAAUAAAACUCCUCCUCUGGACUGGCCACAGGAAGGCGAAGUUGUUUUUGAAAAUGCAGAGAUGCGAUAUCGAGAGAACCUCCCUCUAGUGUUGAAGAAAGUGUCUUUUACCAUCAGACCAAAGGAAAAGGUUGGCAUUGUGGGACGGACAGGCUCAGGGAAAUCUUCUCUUGGAAUGGCACUCUUUCGUUUGGUUGAACUGUCUGGAGGCUACAUUAAAAUUGAUGGAGUGAAAAUAAAUGACAUUGGUUUAGCAGAUCUUCGUAGCAAACUUUCAAUAAUUCCUCAGGAACCUGUGCUGUUCAGUGGCACUGUGAGGUCAAACUUGGAUCCUUUCAGUCAGUACAGUGAGGAACAAAUCUGGGAUGCUUUGGAAAGGACUCACAUGAAAGAAUGUGUUGCCCAGCUGCCCAUGAAACUUGAAUCAGAAGUGAUGGAAAAUGGGGAAAACUUUUCAGUUGGAGAAAGACAGUUGCUGUGCAUAGCUAGAGCUCUACUGCGUCGCUGCAAGAUUUUGAUACUGGAUGAAGCUACAGCUGCUAUGGACACAGAAACUGAUUUACUGAUUCAGGAGACUAUCAGAGAGGCAUUUGCAGACUGUACUAUGCUAACAAUUGCUCAUCGCCUGCAUACUGUACUGGGCUCCGAUCGGAUCAUGGUGCUAACACAGGGACAGGUAGUGGAAUUUGACACGCCGUCUGCCCUUCUGGCCAAUGAAAACUCACGCUUCUAUGCUAUGUUUGCUGCUGCGGAGAACAAGAUUUGGUGGCUGGAUCCAGAACUGACAUACGGCAAUGCCAAGCCAUUCGUCUUCACGCAGGGCCACUCGGUGUGUAACCGGUCUUUCUUCCCUUGCUUUGAUACACCAGCAGUGAAAUGUACCUAUUCAGCUACUGUUAAGGCCCCAGCAGGCCUCCAGGUGUUGAUGAGUGCCACUCAAAGUACCUACUUAGAAGAGGAAGGUAUAUACCAAUUUUACAUGGAAUAUCCAGUUCCUGCCUACCUAGUGGCCCUGGUGGCAGGAGAUCUUAUACAUGCAGAUAUAGGUCCAAGGAGCAGAGUGUGGGCAGAGCCUUGUCUGCUGCCAACUGCCAUCAGUAAGCUUUCUGGCAUGGUAGAGCGCUGGUUGAGUGCCGCAGAGAGUCUGUAUGGCCCAUAUAUCUGGGGAAGAUAUGACAUUGUUUUUCUUCCUCCAUCCUUCCCUAUUGUUGCCAUGGAAAACCCAUGCCUGACCUUCAUCAUCUCUUCCAUUCUGGAGAGUGAUGAAUUUCUAAUUAUUGAUGUCAUUCAUGAAGUUGCCCACAGCUGGUUUGGAAACGCAGUCACCAAUGCUACUUGGGAAGAGAUGUGGCUGAGUGAGGGGCUAGCCACAUAUGCCCAGCGCCGGAUCACCACUGAGACCUACGGAGCUGCCUUCACAUGCCUGGAGACUGCAUUCCGCCUUGAUGCUCUCCACAGACAGAUGAAGCUCCUUGGAGAAGAUAACCCUGUCAGCAAGCUUCAGGUUAAAUUGGAGCCAGGUGUAAAUCCUAGUAAUUUAAUGAACCUCUUCACCUAUGAGAAAGGCUACUGCUUUGUUUACUACCUGUCCCAGCUCUGUGGAGACCCAAGACACUUCGACUCCUUCCUAAGAGCCUACAUUGAGAAGUACAAAUUUACCAGUGUUGUGGCUCAAGAUCUUCUGGAUUCCUUCCUGAAUUUUUUUCCAGAGCUGAAAGAGCAAUGUGUUGAGAGCAAAGAAGGACUGGAGUUUGAACGUUGGCUCAAUGCUACAGGACCUCCGUUAGCUGAGCCAGAUUUAUCUCAGGGAUCCAGUCUGACCAGACCAGUGGAGAAUCUCUUCAAACUCUGGACCACCGAGCCACUGGAUUCUGCUGCUGCUGCCAGCAGUGCUGACCUCACUAAAUGGAGAACAUUUCAAACUGUGCUUUUCUUGGACAGAUUGCUGGAUGGGUCACCACUGCCACAUGCGGUGAUAAAAAAGCUUUCGGAAUGUUACUCCUCUCAGCUGGACUCCAUGAAUGCAGAGAUCCGUAUCCGCUGGUUGCAGAUUGUAGUCCGAAAUGACUAUUAUCCAGACCUUUACAAAGUCCGUCGCUUCUUGGAAAACCAGAUGUCUCGGAUGUACACAAUUCCACUUUAUGAGGACCUUUGCACUGGCACCCUGAAGUCUUUUGCCUUAGAAAUUUUUUACCAGACCCAAAACCAGCUGCACCCCAAUUUGCGGAAAACCAUCCAGCAGAUCUUAUCACAGGGCUUGAAUCCACUUCCUGCCAUAGACACUACAGCAGUCACUACAGACACACCAGCAAUGGUGCUUGAGGACAAAGUCUCAGAGGCCACUAAUGGUGCCAUUUCACUCAGGGAUGUUAAUGUGUCUGCUUAGAUCACCAGCUCAUGCCAGCCAUGAAGCUUGAAAAUGGGGACAGGAAUAGAGGAAAGAUACAAAGUGUCACCUCCUUUCUCUCAGCCCUGCAGCUGCAGUGUGUUGUUGUAACUGGAUUUCUUUUCCCAAAACACAAAGCAAAUGUGCCUUCAAGUACCCAGCAUGUGACACUGCCAGGCUUCGGAGAUCUCCUUCAGCUGUGGGAUGGAUAUUUUGAUUUAGUUUAUACUGAGCAGGGUCGAGUGGAUAUCCAGGGAAAGCAGACAGUUCUCUUUCCUGAGGCUCUUCUGGAUGAUUUCUCUGAGCUUCUUUUGUUUGAGGCCACUGAGGCACAUCCUACUUGCUGUGUAUAUGUUGCUGGGGAGUGUAUAUGUAUCCAGCUGCCAUUAACCUGAUAUUUGGGCCAGAGUUCUGCAAAGGAGAGACUCAGGAAUUUUAAGUGGCAGGAAAAUGAUUUCAUGUUAUGCUCCUUACUGUGACAGAAGUGUUGUGAUUUGGGAGGUAGGGGACUAAUACUUAAAUAAUUGAGAAACUAAUUUUAAAUAGUGUCUGGGUUUUUUCCCCAGUUGGAUAAAUAAUAAUGCUUUUUAUAUAUAUACACCUAUAUAUAUGAAUAUAUAGAUGUGUGUAUAUAUAUAUAUAUAUAUAUAUAUAUUCAUAUGUAUAUGAAGAGCAGGGAAAUCUUAUGAUGGAUUUGAAAUCCCUCCAGAGUUAACCCUACCCUCAGUUUUUCCUUUGCACUCAUUGGGACAAGCAAUAAUGAAACAUUUAGGCUCGAAUUUUCAGAAAAAAAUAAAUUAGGUGCCCAAAUGCCAUCAAUUCUGGUAAUGGCUGGAUGCCUAAAUCUUUUUUAACUGUUUUGACAAGUCUAGCUGUAACCCUUGUUAGUGUCUAAGGAUUUGUAGCAUGUGCGUUCUUCAGAUGCACUAUGGAUAUUCCAUUCUGUCCCUUUGGAAGAAUUAACAGGACCUUUUACUUAAUUUUUUAAAAGAUCCUUAGCAUGUGUUGGGCCUGUAAGUCAACCAUGAAGAUAUCCAUGCUAAAAUUGUAUUGCCUUGAAUAACAACUGCCUGAAUAACAGUUGCUCAGUCAUAUGAUAGUCUGAGGGAAGCGCCCUCUUUCUUGGUGUGCAACUUUUAAGCCUCGCAUUACCCGAGUCUGUUCUGACUCACGGAGGUGGGAAGAUGCCAAUUCAUUUACACAGCGUGCUAUUUCUCUAGAUAACUAGCCAGGCACCCAGGACAGAGAGAUCCUCUCUUCUGUCUGUGCCAUCUCGUCUCAGAAGUGCUGAGGGCAAAGCGUUGUUGGGGUUGCUGUUGCAGCCUGAGGGAAUUGCACAGUACAGGUGAUGGUUUUUAGACUCUGUGCCGCAUUCUUUAAAAUGUGGGUCAUUUGUGUGCCUCUUGGUGAGCUCCCAGUAGUUGUCUCUGAGCUGAUGUAUGACCGUGACAGUUUGAAUAACAGGUCAAACCUUUGGGAGAGGAUCAGCUAAAGGACAUGCGAGAGAGAAUGUGUUGCAUCCUUUUGGGCAAAUUUUAGUGCUGCUAUGAGGAUCUAUAUAGCACAGGAAGAUGGGAAGCUCGGGAGAUAUUUUUUCACCAAAAAAUCUGUUUACACCCAUGUGUGGAUGGGGACUUAGGUGCUGUUACUGGAUCUCUAUUUUCUGGCUUUAAAUUAAUUUGGACUUCACUGUAGCCUUAGCCUGGGCUGAACUGGGAUAAAGCAAUAAUAAACUCAGGCCUCCUUAGUGCUUCGUUAGGUUUCAAAAUGGGCCAUCUGCAUUAUUGGGCUUGAGAACGCCAAGCUCUGCUCUUUACUCCUUGAAUGGAGUUAUCUUUUUCGUUCUGUUUUGUUUUCCCGGAGGGAAUGGAGAAUGAUGUUUUAUGUACAAAUCUCUUUCCUUUUUAUUUGUUGCUCUCUUGAAAGAGAUUUGUGCAAGCUGACUUUCCACUUCCUGAUUUGCCACUGUUGGUGCUGUGUCUCCUAGAACCCACUGCAAGCAGUGGCAGCCUGGCCAGGACCAGUAACCACUAGCAUCGUUUGGAAUCAGAGGCCUCCAUUUUAACAUGUUUUAUUUUGUGGGAGAAUGUAUGCGAGCCUGAUGGGAAUUUUUAAUUUACAUGGAUGCCUUAUGAUGAUUGUCAAAUUAAACUAAGCUCUGUGACAAGUUUAGCCUUUUUGGCUGUUUUUCAGUGUCCCUGAUAUAGACAUAUGGAAGAGCUAACUUGGUACGUUGUCUUUGUUUUGUUGUUUUCUGGAGUAUAGCACAUAAGGAGUUUGGAAGCUACUUAAAAGCUGCACAGCAAAAAGUUGGAGAGGAGGCAAAAGAAAAUAAUCAAAAGUAAAUAUUAUUUGUUGUAUUACAACUGUCUGAAAUACAUCAGAUCAGCUGUGUGUAUGCAUAUACGUGCAUCGGAACAGGGACGUGCUGGCUGAACCUAACAGACCUUUCCUGAUUAAAGAGUGUAAGAUUUAAGUUAGCAUUUCUGUUCUUAUCUACGUGAGAUCCCAUCAGAUGGCUAUUUCAUAAGCCUUGUUUUCUAAAACAUUUAAGCAGAGUAAGAUUUGUUGAAAAUAUUCCAUACUUCUUUCUUCAGGUACUUCAGCUCUUCCUGUGAACAAGGAAUGCAUUUUUAUUUUGAAGAGAGAAAAAAUUGGGAGUGUGUUUGUGGGGAUAAGCCUACCUUUUGUUGAUACAAAAUAAAUUGCUUCAGGCAACUUUCUAUCAUGAUCUUUCCUAGACUUUAUGUUGACUGGAAACUUGGACUGAGAUUAAAUAGAAACUGUUUAUGGGCCCUAUCUUUGCUAGUUCAUUUCUGACACGUUAAAGUAAAAUUAAUACAGCAAAUUGGUUUUAAGCAGAUACCAAGAGAUAGUUACCUUCCUUUUUCUGAAAAUCAAAGCUAUUAUUUACCUUGUUUAUUUCAUUGUGGCCUUGAGCAGGGUGAUACGGGAUCUAGAAAUAUCACUUGUGGAAAAGCUCUGAAGAGCUAAACAGUUUAAUAAAAUGGAAUAUUACUAACUUUAUCUUUUUAGCAUUUCAUAGUCAUGUUGGAUAAUAUAUUAAGUAUAAUUCCUGUUAGCUGCACAUUUUACUCUGUCAAGCUUGUACCAGUAAUUAUGCUGCUAUGGUUAUAUUACAAAACCCUAACUGUGCGCUCUUUAUUAACCAAGAGCAAUUCUAGCAAGCAUCUCAAACGUUAUGAUUUAACCAAAGUUUUGUCACAUUCUCACACUACAGUGACCUUGGCCGUUGCCUUUUUUUGGAUAACAGGCAACCUUCUGUACUUCUAUGCUAAGCACGCUUACUGCGCAACUCACUUAGGUCAAGUACACUUCUUCACUUUGGUUUCUCUGCUUGUAUUUGUCCAAAGUUAAAAUACCUCAAUACAAGCAACACUUACAAAUCACAGGAUGCUUGUUUUCACACUUUUUAUCAAAGGCUAGUAGCAGCUUAAAGUCAUUGCGACUACGAUAUCGGACUUUAUGUAUAAAACAAGCCACAGCAGAAAUCACAGUUUGAGAGUUAUGAAACAACUAGCGUCUGAGACACAAAAUUUUUUUCUCUUUGGAGGACCAAAUUUAAAUGACAUGGAAUUUGCUGAAGCCCUGGCUAAAUUGUUCUCAUUGUUAAUUAUAUGCCCUCCUAAAAAUGUCUACCUAAUUUCUAGUUUGGAUUUGUAUAGUUUCAGCUUCCACAUCUUGAAGCUAUUGCCUUGUUUGACAAACAUAGACAUUGUUUACUGAUAGUAACCUCUUGUCCAUGUAAGUCCAUCUCUUAAUUCUCAGAGAAGACAAAUUGAGUUGUUUAGUCUCUUGCUGCAAGCUAUAUUUUCUUCACUUCAUGUAUUGCUUUAGUUCUCAUGUGGAGCAUGAUGUUUCAGCAUCCUUUUAAAAUGAAAUCACCAGAACUGCAUACUGUUUCUCAAAAAUUACCUCAAAUGCUGCUGUCUGUAUGUUCUGCACCAACUUAAAAAGAGAUUUUUAUUAAUGUUGUUGGAUGUAUCCUGUUCUUUCAGUAAUUGUGAUAGUAAGUUGGGCACCGGUUAGAAGGUGUUGUAUAUUGACAUGGUAACCUUUUCUCUUAUACCCAAGGGGUGUAGAGAGAAGUUACUCCAUACUCUGGAGGUGACUCUCUUUCUUUUCAUUGUCUACAGAAGAAGACUAGCUAGUUGAGUUAAACUAUUGUCCCUGUGUGAAUACCGCCUACCACUCCUUCACCAUGUGCAUGUGCCUUCUGCACUUGAAAAGUCACAUCUUAUCCCUCUGAUCUCUUGUUAAGAGAGCUAGGAUUGUGAUGAACAUGGCAUGCUCUGUGCUCCACAAAGAUGAGGCUUUACUGUAGUAAAAAGAAAUCUCUCUUUAAAAUUUAAGAAAUGGCAUUAACAGGUUUUGCAGAGUAUUGUAUCCCUUUCCAAAAGUGUACUUACUGAGAUGCUGGGUCUUAAGGAAGAGUGGGAGGUGUUAUGUAAGGAUGGGAGACUGGAGUGUUGUUCAUGCCUCUGUGAUUUGGUGGAAAGGGAUUAGUGAGUCCAAGUCAUAAAUGGUUGACAUUCUGCAUAUGAUCUAUGGAAGCAUCAGCUUCUUGCAUUGUUUUAAUUUUGGUAUCAUGCAUCAUAUUGUUCUUGUGCACUAUUGUAACCAAUACAAUAGUGUGUAGAGCUGGAGCUGUGUUCUGCCUUAUGAUGUAUCUGAAGUAAUGGUGGAAGUUUUUAUCUAGCAUGGAAGUCCUCCUCAGGCUGCGCCACGCCAUCUUUCUAGAAGAAGAGUGAAUUUUCCCACUAGCUGAAGAGCAUAGUGUAUUACCAAGCUGCUCCAAGCUGUCUGAAAACCAGCAGGGACUUCUUUCAUGCUCUCCUGAGCAUAAAACUCAAAUCCCCUCUUUUAAAUCUCCCUUAAGCUGCAGAGUGAGAUUCUGCAUUAUUCAUCUGAUCCAGCACUGGCCACUCUCAGUCUAGAGGUAUUGCAUGGACUAAUAAAGCUCCAAGGACUUUGUGCCUUCCUGAUCUUGGUAUUGGGAUCUAAAGGAUUGGAAGAGUUCCCAUGUGCAUUUUAAGGAUCCUCUACGUGUCAGAGUCUGUCUGGAUGAUUGGGAGGGAAUCUUAGGAAGCAUCUUCAACCAUGGGCCAAGUGAAUUCUCCUUUUUAGAAGAUAAAGGUGAGAAUGUGUGUAAACAGCAUUGCUCAGAUCACUUUUUAACUAUCUCUCUGUCCUGGAACCAUCUGCAGUUGGAGACAAAUGACUAAUGUGAACACAAGUUUGAUGAAACCCAGACUGUGGAAAAAUGAUCAUGAAAAUAUCAUCACAUACAUAUCUAACAAAGGCUGGUCUUCACAUUGAAAUUAGCUUGCUAUUUAACCACAGGCAAAUUCCUUUUAACUGUUUCAAUUUCCACAGAAACUGGACUCAGCCUCUUGGCAUCUGUUCUCCUUUACAAGGAAAUGUGAAGCAUUGAAAAACUGACAUAAACGCAAGUGUCAAUUUGUCUUAAAACAUCUCCUCAGGACUUGCUGUUUAUAUAUAUUUGUUUUCUUUUCUUUUGUCUUCAGGAAUAGGUGAAUCCAGUAGGACUGCCAGGAGGGCAACAGAGAAAAUUCUCUGCUGCCUUUGUUCUGAAAAGCUUUGGGGUUAGUAGAAACAAAAUACUGCCUGCUGCAUAAUGGAUUAAUUUCACUGCCCAUUGCCAGCUUUGUACUCAGGGCAAGCAAAGUACAUCAGAUAUCUUAGAGACUAAGAAACAUCAAUCUCUUUCCUUCUAAUGGUCAUAGACAAAUACAGGUAGAUGUGUAACUAGUUCACUGUUCCAGGCAGGAGCUACUAUAUUUACAACAUUAGAGCUCAGCAUUCAUACUACUUCUACAAUCUGCCCUUUAAUGGAUUUUUUACAAUUGUGGUCUGUGAUUGCCAUUUCCAGAAUAAAGCAGCAAGGGUGAAAUCACACA